AUGGGCUACCUCAGUGACAACCAAGGUGAUGGUAGCCAGCACUCCCCCACAGAAGGAGGCCUGUUUACCAUCUUCCUUCCUCCUUCCUCCCCUCAAAGCUCUCAGGCCAGAGCAGUGAAGACCUUAUUGGUAGAUGAAACUUACCCAAAGGUUGUGAAGGCACUCUCCCGCCCGGACCCCGGCGAGGGACGCGUCCUACUGUCGGACGGCGGCCGGCGUUGGCACGAGGCCCCUGCCCCACAGCUGAAGACGGACUCCACCGGGACCGGCACCCUGGGGCAGCGCGUGAGGCUGCCGAUCAGGCGGCCGCAGAGUCCCGGGAGUGCGCGGGACCGGCAGUCGCCGCUGCCACCACCGCUGCUGCUGCUGCUGCUGCUGUCGGGACUGGUGCGGGAGGGCGCAGCAGAGAGUCCCUGGGGGCUGCCCUUGGUGGCCGAUAGCCCGGCGGCCAGGGCAGAGGUGGUGAUGGCAGAACUGGCACACCUGAAGUUGGAAAAGAAGCCAUGGCCUACAGGGACACACUCGCUCCACUACUACUACCUGACCCUAUCAGAGCCAGGCCCAAGCCUCCCUAAGUUUCUGGCUGUAGGCUACGUGGACGACCAGCCCUUCAUCCGGUUUGACAGUCGUGUGGGCAAGGCUGAGCCCCAGGCCCCGUGGAUGACGCCGAUGGAUGCCCAGUACUGGGAGACGGAGACCAGGAAGCAGGAGAAAUGGGCGGAGGUGCAGCAGGUGGAGAUGUGGACGGUGAUGGGCUACCACAACCACAGCAGCGGGAUGCACAGUACUCAGCGCAUGUUCGGCUGUGAGAUCCAGGAAGACGGCCGCUACAGGGGCUUCUGGCAGUUUGGCUACGAUGGGCAGGACCACCUGUCGCUGGACCUGGAAACCCUGAGCUGGGUGUCAGCUGAACCCGUGGCCAUGCGGACCAAGCACUGGUGGGAGACAGAGCGCUGCUACGCAGAGUACGACAAGGCCUACCUGGAAGGCCCCUGCCUUGCCUCUCUGCACAGAUACCUGGAGCUGGGAGGCCAGAGAUUCAGCCGGAGAGAGCCACCCACAGUGCGGAUAACAGAGCACUCGGCCAAGGAUGGCGGCACCAUCCUGAGGUGCUGGGCCCUGGGCUUCUAUCCACCCAACAUCUUGCUGAGCUGGUGGCUGGGGGAGAAGGAACUGGACUCCGAGUGUGCGGAGACACGCCCCAGUGGGGACGGCACCUAUCAGACGUGGGCGGCUGUGUGGGUGCCGGCGGGGAAGAAGGCCCAGUACACCUGCCGCGUGCAGCACUCCAGCCUGAACCACACGCUCACUGUGUCCUGGGAGUCCUCUCAUCCUGGACUUACUGCUGUGGUUAUCUCCCUCAUCCUGGUCUUGCUGGUGGUUGUUGGUGGUGUGACCUUGACCAAGUGCAUUCAAGCCAGAAAUAAGGAAUCUUACGAGCAAGCCUCAGGUGGAGAGGACCCCCAUAAUUCCCAAAGCCCAGCAAGAGCAGGGGCUACUCCACUCAUCUGCUGACUGAAGGUCACCGUCACAGAUCAAGGAGGUGUUUUGUGGGGUGUUUGGGGACCUGAAGGCCCCCGGCACUGGCUGGCUGGUAUGAAAUCUGACUGUGAAGGGCCCACCCCACCCCGAAACUGAGGCGUCCUCACCCCUAACAGUCUUGUUACAAGUGGUCUGUGCCACUAGGAUGGCUUUGCCAUCUUCCUGAAGUCCUUUUAAAAGUCUAAUUAUUUCCUGUUCCGGGGACGGGGAGAAGGGCAGUAGUAAUUCCUCAGAUUGUUUUACACGUGACAGUUUGCAGAAUGGUUUCAUGUUAAGUGUAAAUCCCACUUGAGCUUCUCAGGCACCCUGUGAGAGUUUGGCUAUGUUAUUCUCAUUCCCACUUCCCGAACGUGAAAACCAAGGGUCUGGGCAGUCAGGGAAGAACCAGAACAAUAGUCAAAGAGUUACAGGGGCAGCAUCCUUCAUGCACCUGCUAGCGUCAGCAAGAAAUGGCUGAAUGCCUGCCUCAUUUAUAAGCGUGUUCUUUUAUGUAUGUCUGAUCCGCUUUUGGGAAGAUUCGAGUGUUGGGGCUGUGAGGGUGUAGGGGAGGCGGCAAGGGUGGGAACAUGUGUAUGUGAGGGUGUGUGGGUGUGUAUGUGUGAGGGCGAGAGGAUAUAGGGUGUAUGUGAGGGUGAGUGUGUAUGUGGUGUGUGGGUGUCCUUGUGUAUAUGAGGAGAAGCUCAGAGAGACAGGUGCCUGGGGGCCUGUUCGUUGGUCCCAGGCAGCUGGAGGAUGAGAAACAACACAGGCCAUAUUUUCCAUUAUUUCCUGUCCUUUUGAAUGAUUUGAAUUUUUGCAAUAAGCACGUGUUACUGUUACAAUAAGGGAAAGACCCCUUUUCGCUGUGUCCUGUGGAAAUGCUUGUGAAGGAUAUGUCUGGAGAAGGCCCAGCCUCACCUUUGCAUCUGCAGUGGAGCAGAAACCCCACGUCUCCUCUGUGAACAAGAAUCCAGUCUCACGGCCAUUUGAUGUGCUAAGGGGCUGGGACUCCAGAGCCCUGGCAGAGAGAGGGAGUGCUCACAAAGGACACAAGGCCAGACCCCUCCCAGGGCACCCUCUGCCUCCCCUUCAGCUGACCCCAAGGUGUGACAGAGCCUCCUGUGGGGACUUUUGAAACCUCCGUGUCUGCAGCCCUGGGAGGCUCCAAGCCUGAGGAUGUGAACGACUGUAAUACUAGAAAAAGAUUCAGCCUGCCCUGGUGGCCUGCAGGACCUCAGCAGUGAGCUUGUAAUUAUCAGAUUGUCCUGAAGACGUGUCUUAAAUGUCUGUCUUUCUCAGUGAUGUUGUCAUGUUCCAUAUACGCUGAGCAAACCACAUACUAAGCAGGGUUCUGAGCACUGUACUGUAUACUAAGCUGUUUAAUCCUCAAAGCACACCUGUGCGGGAGAAUUAAUACUCCUGUGCUGCAGGUGAGGAAACUGAGGCCCAGGGUCCCGCAGCUGGUUCAUGCCAGAGCUGGGAUGUGAGGCCAGGUAGUCUGGCCACUGCACCAAAAGUCUCAAUGACAACUGUGCUGUUCUGUAAAUAGGCAAGCAAGUAUAGGUCUGCAAUCCCUUAUCUGCAAUUCUGAAAUCCAAAAAAAACGCCGAAAGCCAGAAGUUUCUUCCUAACUUUGUCAUCAUAACUUGACCUGGGGGACUUUCCUGGUGGUCCAGUGGUUAAGGAUCUGCCUUCCAAUGCAGGGGACAUAGGCUCAAUUCCCGGUUGGGGAACGAAGAUCCCACAUGCCGCGGGGCAACUAAGCCCAUGAGCCACAACUACUGAGACCGUGUGCCACAAUUAGAGAGCCUGUGCACCACAACUACUGAGUCUGCUCGCUCUGGAACCUGCCCACCACAACUAGAGAGAAUCCUGUGUGCCACGAGGAAAGAUCCCGUGUGCCGUAACUAAGACCCAACGCAGCCAAAAAUAAAUAAAUAAAUAUUAAACUAAAACUAAAAAAAAAAAAA